UCAAGGGGGGACGUCCUUUAUUUUAUUCCCUGCCUCAAGUGUUGUCAAUUACACCCAGUCAUGCGGUGCAGCGCUUUUAUCAAACAUCACUGCUUGUGGUGCUGUUGUUCCGGCCUUUUCUCCAAGUGAAACAUACAGCGAAACAACAUUGAAGUCAUUCUGCACUACCGAAUGCAGCAUUGCACUGGUGCAGUGGACACAGGCUGUUGACAGUGCUUGUGAUGGGGUGAUGUAUGUAGACGAUGCUGGGGCAAUUCUACCUUUAUUCUCCAUUGCAAGCUCUUUAUCAUACAAUUUCAACCAAAUCUGCCUGACAAGCAGCGGCGAAUACUGCAAUAUAGUCCUGGGAAAUCUUACCGCAUCACUAACUGAAAACUCCAGCGCAACGGUCAUCUGUGACGACUGCUAUUUGCUUUCUUUGUACAAUGAGGCGCUAUUCGAGUAUGGAGAUGGGCCACUGGUCCGUUCUAGCAGUCUGCUCCAAAGUUACACCUCCCACUGUUCGUAUACAGGUUACACCCUGCCGCCGACUACUUCCACCACUUUACUGUCAUCAUAUAUUGCCACUUCUGCCUCCGCAACAGCAACCACAGCCGGUUGUAGCGGGCUUUCCUAUGCCAUCCAGUCUGGGGACACGUGCACGUCUAUCAGUCUUUCUGAGGAAAUCGGCACCACUUGGUUACUAAUGGAUAACAAUCUUCCGGCUUCUUGUGCGGACUUCCCAGCUGACGGUACCCUUUGUCUGAUUAAUACAUGUGAAGUAUACACUGUACGGUCAGGAAAUACUUGUGACAGUGUUGCUGCUGCACAUAAUUUAACCGUGGUCCAGCUGCAAGCUUAUAAUCCUAACAUCGACAGCGGCUGCUAUAACUUCAACCGGACUAUUGGGUAUCAAAUAUGCGUGAACGAGCCAGGACAAAAGUACACCAUACCAUCUACAACAGUUGGCGCGGCUACAGUCAUUUCCACGGCUGCCGCCGUGCCUACCGACAAUGCUUAUAAUACCACCCAGAAUUGCGGCAAAUAUUAUUUGGUCGCCGCUGGCGAUGAUUGUGAUGUAAUCACAUUGACCUUCGGUAUUUCUCUCGCAGAUUUCCGGGUCUCAAUCCAGAGAUAAAUGUAAAUUAAGUCUGCCUCUCGAGCUCUUUCUCUCCUUUUCGUUCGCUCUUAUCAGAGCAUUGACUCCGGCGGCACAGUUGUACCAAUCUGGAUGCGGAAGAGAGUUACUGCGUCGCUCCAGUAUGCAGCACUACCCUAAUGCCCCUGGAUAUACGGGUAGUUCUGUGGCCACCUACUCG